AUGCGCCAAAUGCUCGAGAAAAGACCCUACCUUGCAACUGUUGUUGAUGCCGCCGGCAAUUCUAUGAUUACUGCGAUCCUCGCACACUCUCAUCUGGCAAAGGGUCAGUACUCAAUAUGGCCAACAGAUACUCACGUCGUGUCAAUAAGGCUUCCCUGUACGCGUGAUGGUGCUGAUGUACUAGACAGCCAUCCACUGGAGCCUGCAAUUUUACAAUUGGCACUCACAAGCGCAGUGGACGGCCCGGUUUCCUCCCGGCGUGCAUGGCAAGUUAGAGCUUGCCAUUUGUUAUCGGCGGUCCUUGAUCGAUACUUACCCCCACAAGGCCAAACACCAUUCGAGCACCUCCUGUGCUGUCUGUUUGAGCAGCAAGAGUCUCCAAAGUUUUACGCUUACCAGUUUUGCCUACUGUUGAGCGGUGUUGCAGACAUCAUCACUUUGGAGCAAAUGCUGUCUGCCCUACGUAUCAUGACUUUUGCCUCCCUCUGGCUGGUUCAUACUUGUUGGUACUACGACGAGGUCGGGAAACGUUGGAAAUCGUGUGAGAACUCAUCUCCUUCCAAUGUGGAAGAUGAUAUCGAUCCACGCUUGGAGGCUAUCUUUGCGGAGAUAGUUCACGAUUUCACAGACACCGUAAAGGGGUAUUUCCUCCACCGCCCAAACCCAUCGCAAUUUCUUCUGGCGACCGAGGGAAGCAACGUGUGGGAAAUGACCAAUUUUGCUUUCGCCCACUGGGCGAAGAUAUGGUGGCAGAGGGUGGAUAACGAGCUGCUCAAGCUUCGCGACGAAGACAUGUUGGCAAACGGUCGAAGGCGGGCUGAACUUCUAGGUGUCGUCUGGUGCGGGCCACCUGUGCGCAAGCUGCAGCUUGUUAUGCACAUAAAUCGUGGAGAUUGGCGGCGCCACAUCGAUGCAGUAGGAGACGACAUAGAUCUGAGUGACGAGCCCUGGUGGGUGAUGGGUGGACAUGACGAAACAUGGGUGUGAAUCUGAUUCUCUCAGUUGUACACAAAGAAGGCUUAGAGUCCGAUUAAUGUUCUUGUCACGCG